AUGGGUUGCCCACGGACUCCUCGCGCCGAAAAAAGAUGCGGACGGUUUCGCGUUGCUGGCACCAGCUUGGCCAUUGUCUUAACCGAAACCAGUGCCUUGUUUCGGCUCAGAGCUGUCGCCGUCUCUUUCGGAUCCGGAGCCGUGGAAGAUCCGAAGGCGCGGCUGGGCCCCACGAUGCCAGAGGUGGAGGAGAAGCCCAAGAAAGAGCCGCGUGAGGCCCAGAAGAAGAUGGAUUUCUGGCAGCAGUCGACGUGCUGUCCCCAGGAGCGCAGCUGCGCAAUGCGGUGGCUCUUCCUCGCGGCGCUGCCGCUGUGCCAUGCCUUCUUGGCUCCCAGCCCACAAGGCCUGGAAGGCCUCCGUUCCAGGAGCUUUAGUCGGGGAGCGCUGAGCUCCGAGGUGCCGGCAGCUCGCAGCUCGCCCUCCAAUAAGGUUCAGUGGGGCGUCACAGGCGCGGCGGCCGCCAUCUUGGCGAGCCUCGUGCGCUCGCGCCGAACCUGCCUGGCGGCAAUGCAGAUGAAACAGAGCAAAGUGUCAAGGUUGAAGGGCGGUGCAAUGUUGACGGUCCGGAAGUCCAAGAACAACGCCCAUGUCGCCCUGUGCGACAAGAAGGGCGAGAUUGUCUGGUGCACCACCGAGAAGCGCUACGGUCCGCUCCUCCCGAACGCCAAUCGUGCCAUCGAGGCGGCGCUCUUCGUGGCGGACAAGCUGGGUGUGGAGUCCAUCGUGCUGCAAGUGAAGGGCGCGCCUGGAGCUCUGGGCAGCAUCAUCGCCACCAUCCGCUCUUCCGGCAUCAAUGUUACACAAGCCUAUGUCCGAAACACCAUCCAAUACGGAGGCUGCCGGCCGCGUCUUAUGCGCCGUGUGUGA